AAAUGAAUACUAAAAUAUCCAAUUAUCAUCAUCAUCAAUGGCCAAUAUUUUCAUGAAUAUUUGUUCGAAUAUUAAUUCUUUAACAUUGAUAAUAAUUAUGCUACUAAUGAUGAUAUCGUUGUUACCAUCAUCAGUAAUGAUGAUGAAAUCCAAUGGUGGUAACAACAACAACAUACAAAUGGAUGUUGAUAAUCAUGGCACCAUUACAAGUAAUGAUUCAGAUGAUACUUGUAUUAGUAAUUUUAAAAUGAAUGCCAUAUUAUUAUUGGAUAUUAUUGGUCUAUUGUGUUUACUUUUGAUUAUUUUUCGUAAUCGUAAAAAACCAGAAUUAAAACGUUCAAUACAUGCCAUACAAACAUCAAUGAAAACAGCGGCAACAGUUGCCGCAACUGGUGGUGAACAAUUAAUGACAACAGUUUCACAGAAUACACCAAUUUCAAUCAAAUCAAGCUUUAAUCGUGCACAUAAAGCUAUUGUUUCCGGUGCAGAAUCAUUGACACAUGAAGCCGAACAAGUUGUUAAACGUGUACAAAAUCAGAUUACUACAGCCACUAACGGUAUUGUUUCUCAUCAUAAUCAACAACAACAACAACAACAACAACAACAGCAACAACAACAAACAUCACAGGCUAAACACAACUAGCCAAUUGAAUUGUAUAUGUGCAUAUGAAUGAUGAAUGGUAAAUGUGUAUAUGAAGAGAUGAUGAAUGAUGAUGAUGAGAAAAA